GAUAGUACGUCCAAAAGACGGUACGUUCGGUCUUCCAUUACCCAACGGUACAAUCACGGGCGUCGUCGGAAUGCUAGCCAACAGAGAGGCGGACUUCGGCCUGGUUACCCUUGCAUUGAAUGCUUUACGGUUGCCCUUCAUCGACUUCUCGGUCUUCUACGAUCAAGGGACACUCGGUAUCAUGUCCAGGGCUCCCCGGCAAAAGAACAGGGCAAUGGCCGUGCUCUCCCCUUUCCAUUUUCAGGUCUGGGUGUUCAUCAUCGUCUCGACUCUGUUGAUAGGGCCCGUUCUCUACGUUAUGUCUAGAGCUUCCUUUUACCUCCUAAAGAAGAAGAGCGAAGAUGAACCGGGACUCGAGCUCUUUGCUUUCAACGUGUUUCGAAGCACUAUCAACCAGGGGAACUCCAUCGAAACGGAUGACUGGUCCCAGAGGUGGAUCUUGUUCGUGUGGUACCUCUUUUGUCUCGUCAAUAUAGCUCUCUACUCCGGGAUGCUGACGGCUGUGUUAGCCAUACCAGCUUUCGAAAUUCCAGUGGACUCUCUGUAUGACCUCCGGGGAGCCGUUAAAGACGGAUUCGCCAUAGGUGUUAUCAAAGACUCGACCAAUGAACUGAUCUUCAAGGUUGCUACGGAAGGAAUCUACAAAGAAGUCUGGGACUUAUUCAGCCACAAGGAUCCAUCUCAGAGCUUUGUGGAUGGCUCUGCAGAGGGCAUCAAAAGGAUUUUGGAGAGAAAGUUCAUCUUCAUAGGAUCCACUACCGUGAUGAGGUCCUACGCGAUGCGACUCGGCCUCUGGAAUUAUCACGAAGGACGGCAGACGUUCUUUCCUCAGCUGGUGGCCUUGUCCUUCCCCCCUGGGGCGCCUUAUCAGGAGAAUUUCAACUGGGUGAUAAUGGCUCUGAGCGAGGCAGGAUUCAUGAACAAAUGGCUGGAGAUGGAACUGAAUAGAUUCCCUUUAGAGAGGUCACAGCAGAUCAUACAAUCGUCAGAGUUAUCCACGGCCAUUGCUCCGACCCAUCUCCAGGCUGCGUUCUUCAUCCUCCUCGUAGGAUUCCUGGUCUCAUCCUUGGCGCUCCUGAUGGAAAUUGCUGUCAGAAGAUCGAGGUUUGACUGAAUCCUGUAUCCUACGGAAAAUAGUACGUCGAAAGUUCUCAUGUAAUGUGCUGUUAACUCAAAUGCAUAUGUGUAUAUAGGCCUAGUGUUAUAACUCAAAUGCAUACGUGUA